CUUAUGUUCUCUCAAGCUUUAGGCUACCUGACAAAAUCCUCGACAUGACAUGUUUCAUUAAGAGUGAGAUUUAUUAAUGUUUUGUCCUUUGAUUGUUUUCCAAGCAGCCUUAUAUUGGACUUGAUGUCUGUUUGAGAUAUCUGUCUGGAGAUGGCGGAAGGACCUUCAAAGAUGUCAGCGAUGGGCUCCAGUCCAGAUGAUCCAGUGAUCCAGAUUCUUCUGAUGGGCAGAAAGGGUUCUGGGAAAAGCUCGUCUGGAAACACUAUACUGGGUGAAAGAAAGUUUAAAGUUCAUGUACAACAGAAAAAGCAUGAAGCUGAAAAUGAGUUUGGCGAAGAUUGUGAGGGUAAAGGACAGAUCGGUGGGAAGCAGGUGCAUGUGAUUGAUUGUCUAGAUCUACUGGAUCCAGAUCUGAAUGAAGAGCAGCUGGAGAUGCUGAAAGAGCAGCUGGUUUCUCGAUGUUCAGCAGGUAUCAGUGCAGUUCUGCUGGUUGUGCCUUUAGUGAGAAAUGUGGAAAAUGAGGAAGAGAUCUUGGAAUAUAUAAAGUGUUUAUUUGGUCCUGAAGUUCAGAAAUACAUCAUGAUCCUCUUCACACAUAGAGAUGAACUGGAGGAUCUGGAUGAGACCACUGAUGAACAUCUGCAAAGCAAUGAUCAUGCUGAUCUCCAGCAACUGGUGACUAAAUGUGGAGGAAAGAUUCACUGUUUCAAUAACAAGAGCAAAUCAGACGAUCAGGUACAAGAACUACUGCAGAAGAUUGAAAGAAUGAUGAUAGAGAACAGAGGGAAAUUUAUAAUCGAACAAAUGAGGAGGAGAGCAAGCAAGGAGGCUCCUGAUGUCAUUUUUUCAGGAGAGUCUCCAGCCAAAGAUUCAGAGGGGAUUGAUGUGAUUCCUGAGAGGAAAGACCAGAUCAGGCUGGUUCUCCUGGGAAAAACUGGAUCUGGGAAAAGUGCCACUGGAAACACCAUCAUCGGCAGAAACGUAUUUGAAUCUUCAGCCAGUUCAAUCUCUCUGACCAAACAGUGCAGCUCAAAAACUAAUGAGAGGAUGGGUAAAGAGAUUACAGUUAUCGACACGCCAGGACUUUUUGAUAAUAAUCUCAGUGAAGAGGAGGUUCAAACUGAACUAUUGAAAUGCAUAACAUACUCGUCUCCUGGACCGCAUGCUUUUAUUAUCGUCAUUAGAGUGGGUCGAUUCACUGAGGAGGAGAAAAAUACAGUGGAACAUCUCAAAGAAGUGUUUGGAGAACAGAUAGAAAAAUACACCAUGAUCAUCUUCACCCACAAAGAUCAAUUAGAUAAAGAAAAUAAAACCAUUGAAGAUUAUCUACAGAAUGCUGAUCCAGAUCUUCAGUCCCUCGUUCACAGCUGCGGAAAACGAUUCUUCUGUCUGAACAAGAACUCUGCCAGUUUCCCACAGUUCAAAGAUCUGAUCAGUAAAAUAGAGAUGAUGGUGGCAGAAAAUAGAGGAUACUUCAGAAAUGAAACAUUUGAAGGAACAGAGAAAUGCAUUCAGGAGAUUCAGAAAAUGAAAUUGCAUGAGAAAAUGGAGCAUUUGGGUUCAGCUGCAGAGUCUCAAUGUGUAGAAAACCAUUUAAUCAAAACUCACGACUACAUAACAGUUCUAGUCAGAUGGUUAAGGGUGAUAGGGGAUGAAAUGAACACCAUAGAGGAACUCGAGGGAAAAGGAAUCAAUAAUAUAGAGGCAGUAAUACAUGCAGUCAGAGCCACAGGAAAACAGGACAUGUGUGGAGUUCAGUGAGAGACUCAAUAAUGAUCACACAAUACAAUACAAAGCAUAUUUUCUCCAGGUCUUUAAAAAUAUUUAAUAUACAUACUUAAACUGGCUUGACAGGAACGAGAAAGCUUGUGUUGACAUUUUAGAAAUAUUAUGCUAUGCUCUUAGAAGAAUUCAGGAUAUAUCUACAAAAAAAUUUUUUUUUUUUUGCCCCAUUCAAACUGAAGUUAAUUUUGGAAUUGAAGGGGUGGAUUUCCAAUUCCCUCCUUUUCUAGUAUAUAAUAAAUACAUAAUCAUAGUUUUCUUAAAACUAGUGUCUAUCUAUUUUGGUAUUUAUGUUACUUACAAGCAAUGUCUGUAUUUGAUUAUCUGUGAGGUGACUGAGGGUCUGCCCAAUGUCAGGAAUGCAGUAACAGUGUUUACUAAUUUAUCAGGGCUUCCAGAGAAUAUAUAUGUAUUUGUUUUGUAAUAAUUUAUCUGUAUAUAUUUUACAGAAAAAGAGUUAUCAGUCUGAACUGUGUUAUUAUUCAUUUCAUCAUGUGGUUCUCUUGAUAGCCGCAUGAGACGUGAAGACCAACGUGCACCACAUGUAUCCACUAACUCUUAUGUAUGUUAAAUUAUGACAGUUAAUCAUGUGUUAGGUUUGUAUCAGUGCUCUGUGUGAAUGUAGGAUUCUGUUCCAGUGAUGUGUUGCAGCUCAACCUUGAAGAGAAAAGAUAUUGCCUAUGUUUUAUCUAAUGGCAUAUUUUUAGGGGUAGUUUAGGAAUAUGACAGGCAUGGGACCAUGCCAAAGGAACAGUCUGCAGGAGAACCAACAGCUACCAGGAUGAGAAGUGAUGCAUGUAUGAUAGUUGUACGAUAGUUGCUUACAAAUGUAACUUAGUGUCUCCAAGAUACUUUCUUUAAGAAAAGAACAUCAUGUUGUAUGUUGCUAGAAUUAUCUGUACUGUUAACCUAUCAGAACCUGUAAAAAUGGCAUCAACAGAUCAUCCGGCUGUAAGUGCUAGUAUUUCUGUAUUAUAAAUUAGUUGGAGACUGGCUCCUCUUACUCACUUUCUAUGGCCUUUGGAAGUGUGGAGUGUUCAGUAAA